AUGUCGACUGUCGAACAUGUCACUGAGCAUGCAGGGUUCUGGAAGAGAGUGCUGGGAAAACUCCCAGCGAAUGGAUAUGCGCGAUCCUUAUUCUCGCGAACAACCCGCUCAAAGCGCGAUCGCUCAAAUGCAGAGGGAAUGACCAACCCAGAAGCCCAAUCGGUGAUGAACGACGCCGAGUUUGGUCGCGUGGACCCCACAGGCUGGUUCCCACACUAUAAGAAUUGUCUUCAACACUUUGUCGACUAUAGCCAGCACACUCCCCAAGUGCAGUCCAUUGCCGCGUUCAUCAAUAUUCGACUACCCUGCCAGCGACCUUCUGAGUCUAGCGCUCCAGUACCUGGAUCCACAUCGUCGUCAUUUGUUUCGCUGCGGCCGUAUAUUAGGCGGUUGAUUGUCACAGCGCAAGACUCACCGACUGUUAUGCAAGGCUUCUUCGGGGGUGACUGGGAGGCUGGCGUGGGUUGUAUCUACAAACAAGAACGGGUGAACUAUCUGUUUACCGCCAAGAGCAGCGGGUGGGCAUCUACCAAGGCUGCCUACGAUAUUUCUCCAGAUGAAGAGACUCCCUUUUUGAGGCCUCUACGUGACCCCUCGGAGGAUGAGAUUCGAGUGGCCGAGGCGCGGUGGAGUGAAUGGCUGGCAAUGGAGGAUUGGAUGGUCGGAGCACGCAGUCCCUGGUAG